AUGCCUACCGUCUCUUUUUUGCAGCUCACCUUCCAAUUGAUAGUCAUGGCAUUGGCUUCAGCCUAUGCCCAUGAUGCUCGAGCAGACACCGAUUUGCUCAGCACUCGUCAGCAGGGGAGCUUUGUCCGGUACUCUGGCUGCUUUGGAACCAUAAACUGGCAAUCCUCCCCCACCUCGUUCAACCUCACCGUCGCCUUUUCCAGGCGUCUCGACAAUGGGAUCAUCCCCUGCUCGGCAGCCUGCUCAACAUCGCGGCAUUUUAUUCUGUGGGAUCAGCAAUGUUUCUGCGCCCCCUCGAUAACAAUCAACACCACCACGGGGUACAUCCCCCAGCUAUCCGAAUGGGAAGCCACCGAAGGCGACUGCUGGCGCCUCUGCCGCGACGAACCAGGCGUGACAUGCGGCGGCUCGGCCCGCGCCGCGUUCUACGAGCACACUGACCCCCCCACUGUUCAAAACCCUGGCAUCGAACCCGUCCAGGGUUUCCACUGGUGGGGGUGUUUCGCCGAUUUCACACCUGAUCGUGUUCUUAGACGGUUUGCUGGUGCGAGUAACGAUAUGACGCCUACGAAAUGUGCGGGGAUGUGCGGGGCUGAGGCGAGGUGGGUGGGUGUGGAGUAUGGGAGGGAGUGCUUUUGUGGUGCGACGAUUGACAAUAGCUACAAGACGUUUGGGAGGAGGUGCGGGAGGGUUUGCGAGGGGGACGGGAGGUGGUUUUGUGGUGGGGGGGGGCAUUUGACGGUUUAUGAGAGAGAUGGGGCUAGGGGGGAUGGGGAUCCGGUUGGGGGGUAUGAUUAUCUUGGGUGCUAUCGUGAUCGGGUUAAUGGGACGAGGACUUUGGCCAAUGGACCGAAUAGCGCUGCGGAUAUGACGCUGGAGAAAUGUGCUGAGGGGGCUGAGAGUGGGAAUUGGAAGUAUUUUGGGGUCGAGUUUGGACGGGAAUGUUGGACUGGUAACUCCCUGUCGUCCGAGACCAUCACCGACCGUUGCAACCAACCCUGUGCUGGGAAUGGAGGACAAGCUUGUGGUGCCUCAGACAAGCUCAACCUCUACAUUCAACGAAACCGCCCGUCCAGAGUUUGCUCGGCAGCUUCGAAUCCGGAUGUCGAUGCCCUAGCAUGUGGAAUCCGGGGGUUCCCGGUGCCAGCUGGAAGCAGGCCAGUCACCUCGACAGAAACUACAGCUGCGAGAUGUGCUGCAGCUUGUGCUAGCGCUACGGGUUGCUCCAGCUCAGUCUGGGACAAGCUUUCUGGAGUGUGCCGACUUUAUGACACGGGCGUGUGGGCUAGUAUUGGAGACAGUGUUUCUACGGCAGGUUCUGACUUCAAGCAUGUCAUCGCCCAUGAUGCCGGAUGCUGGGUCUGUCAAGAUACAUCUUAGGCUCUCGAUGUAUUGUGGUUCUUUCUGUCGUCCUUGCCGAGGCCUACGACACUUGGCCUUUCAAGACGGUUCCUUUACUUUUUUCGGAUACCCCUAGCUGAUGCUCAACUUCUUGUCAGCUGGUGAACCAU